CACUCGUUGUUCUUCACAAUWAAAAUAUUUUUUUCUGUUACGAUACGMAACAAAAGCAAUACAUGAUGAUAAACUUGAAGAGGCUCGGGAAGAAACACCUCGACAAGAAUUCUUCGGCCACUAGCUUUUCUACCAUUGUAAAGAAAGAUCCAACGGUGAGACAGACACUGGGAGAGCUAGAUGAUUGCCUCGAGCAAAUAGGCCUCCGAAAGCUUAUACAAACGAGGUCUCGUUCUCAAACGGCACGAACUGUGGUGACAGAUGUCUUCUCCGAAUGUGAGAAUGAUCUACGCGACGAUGAAUCGAGCAAGCAAGCCUCGCUAGCGUCCAAAACCUGCGUUGAAAGAGUCCACCGCCAUGACUUCAAAACGAUUUCUUACCUCGGAAAAGGGGCGUUUUCCGGUGUCCAAAAGGUCAAGAACCACAGCGGAGAAACCUUUGCACUCAAGGCCUUGGAUUCUUCGCGCAUCAAAACUCCCGACGAGCUCACCACGGCCGCCAUCGAUCUUGGAAUGGAAGCAAAGAUCUUGAGCGAACUAAAUCACAAGAACAUCAUCAAGCUCCGGGGGGUCUGUUCGUCCACGUUUUCGUAUUCCUACAGCGAAUGCACCGACGAGGGAUACUUCCUCGUCCUGGAUCUUCUGGAAGACGUUUUGAGCCAGAAACUUAUUCGAUGGAAAAAACACAGUAGGCUACGAUUGGCUCUCGAAAACCGGAGGGCGAUCCUCCCAACCGCGAACGUGAAAAUGAUGUACAAGCGGAUGCAAAGUGUUGCUCUUGGCAUCGUAGAGGGGAUGGUGUAUCUCCACAAAAAAGGCAUCGUGAUUAGAGACUUGAAGCCCGCCAAUAUCGGGUUCGACCGUAAUGGAAACGUCCGUCUCUUCGAUUUUGGCAUGGCCCGCAGGUUGGAAGACUGCGACAAAGGUGAGAUUUGCGGUUCUCUAAGAUACAUGGCACCAGAAGUAGCAAACUCGGAAGGAUAUUUCUUCAAGACGGAUGUCUAUUCGUUUGGAAUCAUUCUGUGCGAAUUGUGUUCUUUGACCGUUCCGUACGAUCAAAUGAUGAAAAAGCCUUGCGGUAGCAAAGAAUUUUCGCGCCGCGUUGCCAAAGACGGCAUGAGACCAAGUCUCGAUCAGAUCGCGUGUGAUGCAACGAAGGAACUGAUCAAAGAUUGCUGGAAGCCUAGUCCGAGCCAGCGACCAUCGUUUGAAGAAAUUCACGAGCGGAUUGUUCGCAUCACGUCUUGUGACAGAAGCGAAACGAGGGGAGACCUGACAAGAAAUUAUAGGAAGAAAUUUUGUUCACGGCUUGAGCGACAAGGCGAUCGAAAUGUUUAAGGYACCCAYCCAMCCAACCAACUCUGCAGCCAUAUAUCYUUUGAAUGARCGUCUCCAACCAUCGUUCAUACGGCAACGAUGGGCUGCAGUAGAAACGAGGAACAGGGGAAAUCCUAGUCACCAAAAAUAUCAAGCCACCUACAAAAAAGAUUGGAUUGUAAA